UACUACUGUCCAUUAAUUACUCUUGUGAUCACGUCAGUUUAGCGUUCACGCAAAUUCGCGCCUCAUAAUUUACGUCUUUGACAUUCUGUGCUUCAUUUUCAACGUCUCAAGCAAGCUGCUGAUUCGGUUAAUAUACAAACGUAAAUUUCUGCCAUUCGUCAAUGCCAGGUGGAUACAGUGACAAUGGCGUCGAACAAUCAGAGGUCGCCGUUUGCUUCACAUACAAAAAAGUCGAAUGGAAACAAAAGAAAUAUCAAAGAAUCUCAGCAAAAGGUACUUAGUCAAGUCAAUGAGAUGUUUCACUCUGUUCUGGAUCCAGACAUUAUAUUAUCUGUUGUGCAGAAUUGCAAUUGGAAAUUGCAACCAUCUAUUGAUGGUCUAAUUACAUUAUCGGCUAAUGUUGAUGUAAUUGCAAACCAAAACAACCAACAUUUAAGCAAUCAGAAUGUCAAUAUUUCGAAUUUUGUAACAAAGCACACUGAAGAUUCAUGCAUAAAAAUACAGAAUUUAGAUAAAAAUCAGCAAGAUUGUAAUGUUAAUGACGAUGUUACUUUUCUUAAUUUAAACGACAAUGAAUUACAAAGGCAACAAGAAGAAUUUCGAAAAUUUGAACAACUUAAAAAAGAUUUAGCACAGAAACAUUUUGGUUCGACACAUGAAAAUAUGACAACAUUCAACUAUCCUAUAGAAAAUAAGAUUUCUUCAAAUAAGAUACAUCAAUUUAAUCAGAACUGGCCGAUUUCUCAGACCGUAUCUACAGAGACCGACGAAAGUUCUUCUAUUGUAAAUCCAAAUGAAAAUAGAAAUGAUUUAAAACAGAAAAAUGAUACUCCUGGAUUAUCAGAGUAUAAUCGUUUUUCCCCAGAUUUGCCUAAUAAACUUUACAACAAAGGCACAAUACCAAAAGAAUUUCGUGGUUUUCCAAAACCACCUGUAGUAUCUCCAUCUGAUCAAUGUUCCAUGCCACAUUUCGAUUUUAAUAAUUGGAGCAAACAAAAUCCACCGAUCCCUGGAAAAACUUUUGAUAACAAGGACUUGGAUUCCCAGAAGUCUCAUAGUAACUUGCAAAACUAUAAACAGCCAAUAUCAACUUCGGAGAAGUUCUAUAAAAAUCCACAGAAUCCAGCACCUAAUGACUUGGUACAAAGCAAUGUACUUCAAGAGCAACAACUCCGACAAACACCAGAUAGAUUUCCAUCUCCUCAAAAUGUUGCUCGAUUUCGUAGCACUACAAAGACUUACAAAUCCGAGACAGAAUCUCUCUGUGGUUUGAAAGUACAAUAUCGCCUUCCAGGAUUAGAGAACAGUUCUGACGAUGAUGCAGACGUAGUGAUCGAGGCUGAGAGUUCAGAUUAUCGCAUACAAAAUCCAUCUUUAACAUCUAUCAGCGCAUAUCAAUUUUUGCCAUCCUUUACUCAAAGUCCUCCAUGUACCACUCACACAGAAGUGCGAAUGAUUAGCACACCAUCACCGCCGAGAACUCCACGGCAUAAUUCACACGAAAUUUUACUUCGUAGAAUUAAGUCAGCUAUUCAACAGGGCAGCAAGAUUCUAGUACUAAUGAGGGGAUUACCCGGAAGUGGUAAAUCGUAUCUUGCUAGGAGUAUAGUAUCCACAACAAUAGCUGAGGAUCCUGCACCAUACAUUUUUAAUACUGAUGAUUAUUUUAUAAUGAUCGGCCAAGGUGUUUAUCAAUUUGAUUCUAACAAACUCCAAGAGGCUCAUAGUUUUAAUAAAAGAAGAGUUCGCAUUGCUAUGGAAGAAGGCAGAAGUCCCAUAAUUAUUGACAACACAAACACGAAAUCAUGGGAAAUGCAGCCAUAUGUAACCAUGGCUGUGGCAUAUGGCUAUAUAGUUGAAGUCUUGGAGCCAAAUACACCCUGGGUUCAGAACGUCAAUGAAUUGGCUAAGAAGAAUCGUCAUGGCGUACCUAAGGCCAAAAUCAAGGCAAUGAUGGAAAGGUACGAGAGAAAUGUCACUGGCCGUAAGUUAUUGCAACAAUUUGCACUCAAAUAUUCCCCUAAUAAUACCCCUCCACAAUUAAGAUCAAUUCCUCCAUUCGGUAACACAGAGAUAACAGAACAAGAGAUUACUUCUGAAAAGAUUUUACCAGAACUGAAAUUGGCUAAUAACGAAUGCAAAGACGAGAUCUCAAAAACAGACAAUUCUGACAGCUCGAAAAUUUCAGAUAAUCGAAUCUGUUUGGUUAAGGAUUCAAUUAUAGAGAAAUAUACAAGUUUAUUUGAAUCCCCAGAUUUUGGCAAUGUACUUGGACCAAGAAUUCAGGAUUACGAACAGGAUUCCGAGUUAAUGGGAUUGUUCAUGACUAAAUUAUCGGAUAAGAAAAUGAUUGAAAUGAGUGAUGAGAAAACCGUUGAAAAUGAUGAAGAAUACGGAAUCAAAAUAUCUAAAUUAUCGGAACCUGAAUCUACUGAAAGUUCCAAGCAGUUGGAAAUGCAACAACAACAAUAUCUCGGUGCCAUUGGGUCAGAGCGAAAAGGCAGUAUAUGCAUAACUGAAUGCGAUAGUCCAGAAGAAGAUAAUAUUAGCGUGGAGCAAGAUAAUACUGAAAAUGUUUUGUCUCAGUGUUGGGAUUUUACUCUCCUCCUGAAUGGCAGACAAAUACACAGUGUAUAUCCCUCUUCUUCUGUUUCUGAUAAAGUUGUAAUUCCUGAUAAGAGUAUAUUGUCAAUCAUUGAUUUAACUGACGAACCAACUUUGUCAAAACCUGUAGAUGAGACUAAUGCAGAUCAAGAGAAUAUUUUAUCUUGUCAUAUUAAAGAUAUUGAUAAUGAAAAUAUGUUGGUAUCAUUGAACGAUAAUACGGAGAGUGAUUUGAAUGAUUUAUCGAAUAAUGUUAUUGAGAAAAGUACAGUAAUAGAUUGUAAAAAUAUUGAAAAAUCACAUGAUACUGAUUCGAAUUCUACGUCAAAAUUAAUUCAACAACUAUUUAAUGCUGCAGCUGAUGAUAUAAUUUCAGAGAAACAAAUAGAAGAAGUGCAAAAUGAUGAUGUUGAUAAAAUCCAUGAACAUGAUAUGGAAGUUGAUGAGGCAUUCAGGAUGCUACCUAGUGAUCGUGGAUUUGCAGAAUGGAUACAAAAGUUCGCACACAAAACAGCAAGUAUGUUGGAUGAGUCAAGCAGAAUGAUGAUUGAUAAUUAUAACAUUGAACGGAAUACGGGAAAGCAGGAAGAAAUUGAAUCCACGAAUACUGAUGAAGUCCAGGAGCGCAAGAAAUCAGAUUCUCAAAUUAAUAUAAACAUUCAGGAGUCUGACACAAGUACCAGUCUAAGUAUAUCUAACAGACCUAGUACAGUUUUUGAUAAAUUUGUGGAAAUGUUUAGUCUUAUUCCUAAAAAUGAAGAAAAUGAUAAGCUGGUAGAAUCCGUUCAAGUGCCAGUCGAAACUUCGCAAAUGAACAUGUAUGAGCACAGUGAAUCAGAUACUGAAGAGAUUAAAGAUGACAAAGAAAUUACCAACGACUUAAAUAAUAGCACUGGACAAAGUGAAGUUAAUAAAACAUCAUUAGACAAUAUGAUCGAAAGUGAUACUGAAGAGAUGACUCCAUCGUCUCUUGACACUUCCUCUAACUUGGUAUCCAGAAAUAAUUCUUCGGACGAAAAUACCGAAGUUAUCAAGAGUAAAGUAUCUAACGACAAAAAUAGUUCCAACUCUGAAGAGAAACAAAAUCGGAAAGAAACAGCAGAUGGUUCAAUUGUCUUUCCAACAGUGUUAGAAACUUCCAAAGAAGCAAAUCCUAUCGAUAAAGAUGACAAAAACAUAAUAACACUUGAUUCUAAUGAAGAAACCCUUACAGCGGAGCAUGAAACAGAUACUACAGUCAGUGAAAUUUCAGCCAGUCAACAGGAAGUGGAUGUGAAUGAUCAUCUUGAUGAAUACAAAGAGAUCGUUAAUGAGACAGUAAAAGAGAAUCUUGGUGACGAAACAAUUAGUCUCAGUAAGAGUGUAAAAGAUUUUGUCGACACUAUCGAUCACGUUGAUUCAAAAGUACCAGAGUCAUCCCACAGUAUGAAUUCUAAUCAGCAUAAAAAACAACAAGGAUUUACAAGUAUAUUUAAAUACCCAUAUUAUAAACUGAAGCAAGCUCUCGAUAGAGGAACCCAUCAUAGCGGCAAUGAAAAACUAAAUGUCGAAGAGCUCCUCAAUGAAACUUCUGCUAAUGAAAUGAAAAAGGACAGCAAAGACUUUAAAGAUUUAAUAGAACAAGGAGAAGAAUCAGACACAGUUGAUUCGAUUGACUUUGACCCUGUAGAUAAAUCAGUUAAUGAAGAUAUGGCUUUGAGUACUAAGGACGCGGAUCCUAUUACAGUAGGACAAAAGCAUAAUGAAGUCAUCGAUAAUAUAAGGCAGAUAACAUGGAAAGAAUCACCAUUCCCUGUGGAUGAGAUAUUAUUACCAUUAUCUAAGGAGGAAAGUAAGAGCGUUAUGACGUCAGAUGUCUCGACUAAUACUUCCUCUUAUGACUUCAAUGUGUCAUAUGUAGGUGGGACUUCAGAGCGUGAGUAUACUGUAGUUGACGCUUUUAAUAGGAGUAUUAAUGAGGGCUUGGUUUUUACGCCAGUCGAUCAACCUCCAUUAAAACUGAUGCUUGACAAAAGUUCUAUGACGGGUGAGGUCAAUAUAUUAAGUAGUGACGAUAGUCCUGACAUUGAAAUUGUAAAUGAUACGGAGGAUCGUAUCAUAGAAUUGAUGGAUUUGUUCCCGAACAUCCCAAAAGAUCAUUUGAUGGAGAUAUAUGGAAAAUUAUGCAAUUAUAAUUUCAAUUGGGCUGUCGAUGUACUGUUGGAAGGAAUACCAGAUGAUGGAAUAAAAUAUCAAAAACCGGAAUCAUCCAAUAAUCAAGGUAUUGAAUUGUUAUCAUGCACUGAGAUGACUCUGGACAAGAAAUCCAAUAGACUCAAGCAACAAUCUACCAGUUCAGAGUCAAAUGAUAGUGAGUCCAAUGCUCAAUCUCAGACUGGCACUCCGAAGAAAAAAAAAGACAAGAACAGAGUGUCCGAAGCAAAUUUAGUACUGAAGAAACAAAUAGAGGAGAAAUUGAAGAUCAGUGAUGCUAGUUACAAUCCUCAUAUUCUAAGGGUAAAGAGAUGGAAAAAUGGAGAACCAGAUAUUACAUCAGAUGAAAUAAUUGAACAGCAAACAUUAAAUAAAGAGGCAAUCGAGUUUGCUGAUUUUUCCAAUCUAGAAGACGAUGGUUAUACAAUGGAGUCAUCAUCCCUCUUGACUACAGAAAAUGCUACAUCACUGCCAGAACAGUAUGAGAGUACUGAAAGUACAGAUGACGAUAGCGAAGAAGGUGAAAUGAUGGAAUUAAAUCUAGGACAGGACUUCAUCCAAAUUUUAGCUAAUGAAUUCGGUGAUCCCGAAUUCGAAUUACCGGAUGGUCUAUUCCCUGUCAUACAAAUUAAAAAGUCCAUGGCUCAAGGUCUGUACGCAUUAUGGGUGGAAAGUAUGCAACGACAACUUGAUGCCCAACAGGAGCAACUAGAUCAAAUGAUAGCAAAAGAUGCUGAGUAUGCAAAAUCUGUACAACAAGAAGAGGCCAGAGCAUUAGAGGAACAAAGAGCACCAAAUCUGCACGAGAUGAUGGACAUGGAAAUGGCUCUGGCCAUUUAUAAUAAUGAUAUGAAAGAGCAGAUGAAACGUGAGACAUCAAAUGAUUUAGCUUCGCGUUUAACACGACAAAUGCUACACGAAAUGUUCCCAACAUACAACCCUGAAACACUAAACGAAAUUUUGAACGCUCACAGUGGUCACUUCAAAGAAACUGUGGAAGUCCUUCAAAUGAGUACAGGACAACAACCAGAUAAACCUGAUACAUUGAAAAAACAAAAGAUUUUAAUGGACAAAGUCAAACAAGAAUGCGUUAGGCCUCAGGACCCAAUCGAAUCGUCAUCACCAUUUAUUGUUGUAAAUCCAGAUUUAUAUGUCUCAAGUAAAACUGAACAGCUAACAUAUGAUAAUGCUUUACAACUGGCACAAGAUGCCAGGAAAGAAGCACAACGACAGUUUUCAUUACGCAAUGAAAAUUUCAAUAAAGCUGCAAAUGCUCAUAGAAAAGGAAACCCUGAAGUUGCUACCUACUAUUCGAAUAUGGCGAAGUUACACUCAAAAAAUAUGGAGAUAGCCAAUUCCACAGCUGCCAGUGCAUUUUUAGCAGCACAGGAUUAUUUGUCAAAUGAGAAAAAUACCUUGGAUUUGCACAAUCUGUUUGUACCUGAAGCUCUUCAAGCUUUGGAAGUGUUUUUGGAUUAUCAUUUAAACAAAUUGCGAAAAAAAAACAAACGAUCUGAAUAUUUGUACAUAAUAACUGGUCGUGGUGCUCGCAGCAAUAACGGACAGAGCAAAAUUAAGCCUGCGGUUUCCAAGAGACUUCAUGCUAAAAAUAUACGAUUUACGGAUGCUAAUCCUGGCUGUUUACAAGUGAUUAUACGCAAGUGUAACGCAGUGGAAUAGACUUUAAUAUUGUAACACUUGGUGUACAAUAAUGGUCAGCUAGAAUAUGAUCUAUCGACACCAGAAAAACAACUGGUAUAGUAUGGUCAAUUAAAAAUGAUAAAAUUAUCGAUUUCCAUCGGAAGCGUUUCACUUAUUAGAAUGUAAUAUUUCAUUUUACAAAAUGAGAAAUAUUGUUUCCGUUGGUGAUAACAAGGAUUGUCAUUGCAGCGCAUCCCUUUUACAUAGACUUGUAUUACGUUAACGUUUGUAAUUGCAUACACUUUAUAAACAAUUCUGAUAGCAAUAGUGAAUGAGGAAUUUUAACAAUCUGAGAACAUUUUGCAAAAUUUAUAAUAGCACAAAGUAGUCUCAAUGUAGAAUUCUGCAAUGAAAAGAUUCAUAAUGGAAUGCACGCGGUAUAAUAUUAAUUCUCAAUUAUCUAUCUAGUCAGAUAGAAAAUUACAGAAAAUUGUUAUUUUAUGAUGCCCAUUGGAAUAAUUUAGUUUGAAAAUAGCCCCUGAAUCGAGAAAUCAUGAUAAGAAUAAUUUUCUAUGACGCGCCUACAUAUUCUAGAGAAUUUUAAAGUGAUACGAAAUCGAAGGAAAAUUAGCCAUUUUAUAUCUUAUGAGAAAAUACGAAAAGCAUUAUUUUUAUGUUACUAAAGUUUAAUUCAUAAAAUGAUAAAUUAAAUUUUAAUGGUGUUAUGUAUGUGUGAUAUUGAUGAGGUAAGAUAUAUUCGUUCAUUGAAGUGGUUAUGGAAAAGGAUCUAAAACUAUAUUGUCUCACUAUGUCGACAAAUGAAUAGUAUUUUUAUCCUCAUCGAUUUGAUAUGAUGAAGUACCUUGCCACAUCAGUCAAAUACGUAUAGAAAUUGCAGAAGUACAAUGUAUAAUUUAAUUCUGCAUACACCUACCUCAUCUUGUAGUACGAUAAGAAGAGGUGCAAUAAUUUUAUAAUAAAAAUUAAGUACUACACUACCCAUUGGGCGUAAUUAAAAUCCCUAUGGAAAGUCUAAGGACGAUUAUUGAAUUAUAAGAAAACAUUUAUACAUUUAUUUCAUACGCUAUAAGAGUUUUUAAUACCUAUAUUAUUACACAAUGUGAACAUCUGUCAUUGCAGAAAUAAUUUACUCUUCAACUCACAGUAACAUUUGUUCUUCCUAUUACGACGUAUUCAUUGUUGUCACGGAUACGAUCAUCCGAUCAUUAAUUUUAAGAUCAGUGUGUGAAUAGUCUUGAAAUCCUAUGCGUAUAUUGCGAUACUUUAAUGUAAAGUGAAUUAGAUGUAUUACUCUCGCGUAAUUCUUUUGAGAAGCAAAUAUUUUUAUGUAAAGUACACUGUUCUGUACAUUUCUAGCAAAUAAAGCUUUGAAAUUUGAUAGAA